GUUGGUCCACCUCCGCCUGAAACCCUUCCCGGGAAGAAAAAGGAGCCAGAGUUUGUCUAUGUUGAUGAUUCCGAUACGGAUGUCGGGUCUGAGGAGGACCCGGCGGCCCCUUUCUCGCGCGUCAAGCGAAACCGGUACCUGCAGUACCACUUGUCAAAGGCCAUGACCAACUUCAAGCGCAGCAGGAAGGCUCGAAAGCAGCCGAAGCCGAUACUCGA